AUGAUAUCAAGAACAUUACUUAAAAGAUCAUUACCAACAGUUCAAUUCUUGAGACCAUUCACUAGAUCAUCUAUUAGAAGAUCAGCUCAUGAAGAAGAUUUAGUAAAUUUGAAUGAAUUACCAAGACAAAAAUCAUUAGAAGAAAAUUAUGUACCAUUAAUUAAUCCUACUGAAAAAUAUAAAGUUCAAAUUGAAGAAUUACAUAAAUUUGGUACUUAUAUUAUGGCAUGUUUACCUAAAUAUGUUCAACAAUUUUCUGUUUGGAAAGAUGAAUUGACUAUUUAUGUUGCUCCAUCAGCAAUUUUACCAACAAUGUUAUUUUUAAAAAAUAAUACUGCAUGUCAAUUUAAACAAGUUCUGGAUGUUACUGCUGCUGAUUAUCCUUCAAGAACUAAUAGAUUUGAUGUUGUAUAUAAUUUAUUAUCCGUAAGACAUAAUUCAAGAAUUAGAGUUAAAACUUAUGCCAAUGAAACUACCCCAGUUCCAUCAAUUACUCCUUUAUUUAAUGGUGCUAAUUGGUUUGAAAGAGAAACUUAUGAUUUAUUUGGAGUUUUUUUCGAAGGUCAUCCUGAUUUAAGAAGAAUUUUAACUGAUUAUGGAUUUGAAGGUCAUCCAUUAAGGAAAGAUUUCCCAACUACUGGUUAUACUGAAGUUAGAUAUGAUGAAGAAAAGAAAAGAAUUAUUUAUGAACCAUUAGAAUUGACUCAAGCUUGGAGAAAUUUCACCGUUGGUAGUUCUGUUUGGGAACCAGUUGGUGAAGGUAAAGAUUUCACUCCUGAAUCAUUUAAAUUACCUACUCCUGAACCAGAACCUGAAAAAGAAUCUGAUGAAAAGAAGUAA